GGCUGUGGGCAGGGCCACCUCGGCAGCAUGUUACGGAAUGAGGAAGCAGUUCCCGCGGGGAACAGUCUCACAAUAGAGGCGCGUUUACAAAGUUAGCGAAACGGGGAGUUUCUGGCCAAAGGCGACUUGUGUGGGAAGGAAUGAGGUUAACAUUUAAAUAACUUAUUCACGAAAAAUCCGAGAGGGAAAGGCACUAACGUCCACAACUUUGGCCAAGGUGCUGCCUGCAAGGGUGUGGUGCUUGACUGGUUUACAAAGAAUCCGAUUGAGCAAGUUAUUGUUGAGAGCCAGCCCAGGAGAGGAGAGGCAGGUUGCAGCGUCCCCGGACUGGGGCGAGGACUGGAGGAUGCGAGCAGGUGCUGGAGUUCACCCGCUGCCGCCGACACAAGCUGAGUGAAACACUGGAGGCUCGCCAUGUCGCUCACACUCUAUCUGAAAAAGGUGUCCAAACUCAGCGGCAAAUAUGACAGACUCGUCGUGGUCACCUUCCGAGGCUAUACAUACUCGACUAGAAAAGUCCAGUGUGAGUUCGAGGCUAUUGUCAAUGAGGAGUUCAUCUGGCCUCAUUAUGGAAGGGACAUCAAGGAAGAGAUGUUGGAGAUCAAAGUGUACAAUUACAGCAAGCUCUUCAGCAACAGGCUGCUGGGUCGCUUGCAGAUCAGUCUUCAACAGGUGACCAAAACUGGCCACCUCGUUCUCAAGGAAGCUCUGGUUGACAAGAAGAAUUCUCUAACAGAUAUACUGGUGGAUCUGGAGAUCCGGUACCUACCGGUCGAAGGAGCUGUGGGAACGUGGGCAGAAAAUGACUUUGUGGUUGAUUUAAGUGACGGGGAUGAUCUGAUCAUCAGAAAUGACAACUUUGAAAGUCUCAGCCCGAAUGAACUGGCGAAUGCCGACCAACUGGAUAGUAGGAUGAAGUCCCUUGGACGGAAACUAGUCAAUGACGAUGAUGAUGAUGAUAAUGAAGAUGAGGAUGAUGUUGAUAUUUGCGACAUUGAUGUCAGUUCGAUAUCCUUCACACCACAGAAAAGUCGUUCAAGGUUUUCCACUAAGGCAGACCUACGUACGUCUAGAAUACAGAAUUUCCAGAUUGCGAUUACCAUAUCUGAGGCACGUAAGCUAAUCGGUGUCAACAUUGACCCUGUGGUACACGUGAGAGUGGGAGAUGACAAAAAACACACGUCUACACAGAAGUCCACCAAUUGCCCAUUCUAUAAUGAGUAUUUUGUCUUUGAAUUCCAAGAACCAGCAGCUGUCUUGUUUGAUAAAAUCAUUGAAAUUGUUGUGAUUCAUGCAAAAAGAAUCCCAUUCACCGGAGUUCAGCUUGGAUUGUUCAGGAUUGAUGCUGGAACUGUUCAUCAGCAGCCUGAUCAUGGUUUUUAUCAGAAAUGGGCUAUUCUGACUGACCCAAAGGACACUAAAAGUGGCAUCAAAGGUUUUGUGAAAUGUACAAUUACGGUGAUGGGGAAAGGUGAUUUCCAGGCGUUGGUGCCGAGUGUCACCACCAAACAGGAUGACGACGUUGAAAAGAAUCUCUUGCUUCCAAAAUUAGUGCCACUUGAGCGGCCCUGGGCCAAGUUCUACAUCAAGUUGUACAAGGCAGAGGACCUGCCCAGCAUGAACUCUGGGUUCAUGGGGAGUCUGUCAAAGAUUCUGGGUGAAAAUAAAGUUUUCAUUGAUCCUUACAUUCAAGUCACGUUUGUGGGGCAGCAGGGAGAAACAUCAGUGGAUAGCAACACGACAAACCCAGUCUGGAACGAACAAAUCACUUUUGUUGAGAUGUUUCCUCCACUUGCUCGACGUAUCAAAAUUCAACUUAUUGAUGAUGCUAAUAUUAAUGAUGUUGCUAUAGCAACUCACUUCCUUAACCUACACCAAAUAUCUGAUUCCAGGAUAAAUGCUGGUUUCUACCCAACCUUCGGCCCAGCAUGGGUCUACCUCUACGGCUCUCCGCAGAAUUCUGUGCUCAGGGAUGCCCAUCGGGACCUGAACGAGGGACUGGGUGACGGGAUAUAUUACCGAGGACGAAUACUUAUGGCAGUGUCAGUCGACGUGUUCAGCUCGAUCUCAGCCGUUCAAACCGACAAAGGAAGAAACGCCAAAAGGGGCUUGAGCAAAUUCAAGAAAAAAAGCAAGAAAUCCAAGUCGAAGACAAUAGAAGAGAGUCAAAAGCAAAAUGGUGAUGAAGAUGGAGCGAAUGCCCUGGAGCAACCGACUGCGAUGGAAGUGAGCGUGGACUCUGUUCACCCUGUGCCAGAAGCUGUUACAGGUGAAAAAGAGGAAUUCCUUCUUUUUGCUGCAUUUUUUGAAGCCACUUUGAUUGAUCCAUCUGUCCGCUCACGACUUCUCAGCUUUGAAGUGUCCAUAGGUAACUGCGGCAAAUUGGUAGAAGUUGUGACAAAAAAGAAGAAAGAAGUUAAAGUGGAAGAGAGUGAAGAACAUAAAUCGUUACUGGAAACAGGAGACUCCGAAGAUGAAUUGGAGAAUACUGAAGUUAAUUUAUUUCCAAAAGAUAACUCAAUGAUACCACCCAGAAAAGCCGAGAGCACAGAAUAUGACAGAUCCUAUUGUUGCAUUCCAUACCUUUAUGAGAAACCAUGUGUGUAUGUCUGGAAUUGUUGGGAAGACUAUUCCUGGCGCUUGUAUAACAGCAAUGUACUUGCAAAGGUAGCAGAGAGACUGGAGGAUGGGCUGGAUGAAUUGUUUCACAUGGUGAAGAGACCAAAGUCUAAUCCAGAGGAUUACUUCACUCAAGUCUUGAACGAGUUUGUUGCUGGCUGCAGACAAUAUCACAUUUAUGCUGAAAAGAAAACCAUGAACCGGCCGAACAAUCUGGAUAGAUCUCGGAUUAAGAGCUUGAAGUGUAACAUUAUUAAUCAUGCCAAACAGGCGCGAAGAAUUCUGAAACGAAAGGGGAAAAAUAUCAAGUUGCACCUGGGAGAAGUACAAAAACUCCUGGAGAAAUUCAAAAAACAAGUGGAGGAGCCUCAGACUCCGAUUCCUGACAUCUUCAUCUGGAUGUUGAGCAAUGGGAAGCGUGUGGCUGUGGCGCGAGUCCCAGCUCGACAGGUUCUGUACUCGGUGGUGGAGGAAGAGAAAGGAAAGGACUGUGGGAAAAUUCAGUCCCUCUUCAUGAAGGCACCAGGGGCACCGAUUGGGGAGAUUUUUACAAAACUGGAGGUUUCCAUGUGGCUGGGAGUGACAAAGUCCACUAAAGACAUCGUCAGCAGCCUGCCCCAGGAAUAUAUCCCCGUGUAUGACGAAGCAGCCAAGGCGGACACCACUCGGAUGCUGCCGCCCAUUAAGCUCAACAGUGACUACAACAGUUAUUUCCAGCUCCGGGCUCACAUGUACCAGGCUCGGGGACUGCUGGCAGCCGAUGAAACCGGACUGUCAGAUCCGUUUGCAAGAGUUGUGUUUUCAACUCAGUGUCAGUCAACCAGGUACCUGGAAGAAACACUGUCUCCAAUGUGGACAGAGAUGUUGCUGUUUGAUCAAAUCCUAAUCGAGGGAAGUAAAGAAGAACUGAAGAACGAUCCACCCUUAAUCAUCAUUAACAUCUAUGACUUUGACAGCUUUGGCAGCCCGGAGUUUCUUGGACGUGCCUUUGCAGUUCCAUUCAUUAAACUGCAGGAGGAAAAAUAUGAGAGACCAACCUUAAAGUUUCAUGACAUUUACAAGGGCAAGACCAUGGGUGGUGAACUGCUGGCAGCUUUUGAACUGAUAGAACUUGAUUACAGUGGAUAUGGAGAGCCAUCUCUGCCAGAAGAUGUAGAAUGCAAGCAACCAGAAUUUCUUGAUGCACUGGAGAAACAUUUCAUCAUUCCCUCAACAAUCCGGCCAAGGCUCAAGAAGUUCCGAAUUGAGGUUCUGUUCUGGGGACUCCGAGACCUCAAACGUAUACAAAUGUUUGAAGUGGAGCAGCCCCAGGUGACGAUGGAGUGUGGUGGCCAGAAAGUAGAAUCUGAAGUCAUGCCAAGUUACAAGUUGAACCCAAACUUCGGUGAACUUGCGAAAUAUUUUGAAGUGGAGCUGCCAGAGCAGAUGUAUCUUCACCCGCCCCUGAGCAUUGUGGUGAUGGAGCAGCGAGCGUUUGGCCGCACUGUCCUGGUCGGCACCUUCACCGUCACCAACCUGCAGCAGUUUUCCCUGGAGGAAUUGGAGGAGAGUUCAAGCCGUGAAGAUACACAACCCAAACCCCGACGAAGAGAGACUAAGAGAAAAAGAGAUCCACAAAUCGCCAUUUCCAUUGAAACAGAAGUGUCACCUCAGAGGAAGAAAAGACCUCUCGAUGUUCUGAAGAUACCGAUGAAGAAACUGGCCCUGCAGCCAAAACUGGAAAGUGCACCUGAAGAAUUUGAGGAAAAGGUUGAAUUGUCAGAACUGGACUGGUGGUCAAAGUACUACGCAUCUGUGGAGGAGAUGGAGAAAAAAGAGAAGGAAGAGGAAGAAGAGGAAGUGACUGAGAUGGAUGUUGAUCCAUUGAUGCCAUCAACAAGUGAUGAUCUGGAAAGGGAGUUUAUUGCACCCAAGGAACAGCCAGUCACGCGAGGAAAGAACAUCAUUACAACUUUUCAGAUUUACAACACAGAGCUGGAGAAGGAAUACAAUAAUUUUCAGGAUUGGCUUUAUAUCUUCCCCCUGUACCGGGGAAAAGCCAAUGAUGAUGAAUAUGAAGAUAAUGGUGAAGAUCGAAUUAUGGGCAAAUGCAAGGGCUCCCUGCUCAUCUACCCAAGUGAUGAAGUGGAAUCUGAUUUAAAGAUAUUACAGGGAAUUCCAACAAACAGGCCAGUCAAGGUUCUGGUCAGGGUUUAUGUGGUGAAAGCAACUAACCUUGCUCCCGCUGAUCUGAAUGGGAAAUCUGAUCCCUAUAUUGUGGUUAAGAUUGGUGAACAAGUACAGAACAGCAAAGAACGGUACAUCCCCAAACAGUUGAACCCAGUCUUUGGAGAAGUAUUUGAAAUGACCGUUGCGUUUCCAAUGGAAACAGAGCUCACUAUUUCAAUAUUUGAUCAUGAUAUGCUUGGAAAGGAUGACCUGAUUGGAGAAACAAAGCUGGAUUUGGAGAAUCGUUUCUACAGCAAGCACCGAGCACAGUGCGGACUGUCCAAACAAUAUGACAUUGACGGCUACAACGCCUGGCGUGACUGUCUGAAACCAACACAGAUAUUAACAAAACUCUGCAAAGAUUCCCAGUUACCAGAACCGGAAUACAGACUGGAAGAAGUGAAGGUCAGCAACAAAAUAUUCAAGAUCCCCAACGACAUUCUCCCAGUGGGGGAGAACAAGAAAGGGGAACAGCCUGUGAUGUCUGAUGAACAGAAGGCUUUGUAUGUGUUGAAUCAUUGGGAAGAUAUGCCAGAACGUUCUAUUAAAAUAGUGCCAGAGCAUUUAGAAAUCCGGCAGCUCCAGAAGUCGGACAAUACAGGAAUGCCACAGGGCCUGGUCCACAUGUGGGUUGACAUGUUCCCUGUUGAUUUACCGGCACCUCCACCAGUCAAUAUAAAACCCCGACAGCCUAUCAGCUAUGAGCUGCGAGUUAUCAUCUGGAACACAGACGACGUGCCUCUUGAUGACGUGAAUCCGCUGACUGGAGUCGAAUCCAGUGAUAUCUACAUCAAAGGUUGGCUGAAAGGUUUGGAAAAUGAUAAACAAGAGACCGAUGUCCAUUUUAACUCUCUGACUGGAGAAGGAAAUUUCAACUGGAGGUUUGUUUUUCGCUUUGACUACUUGCCAACGGAGAAGGAGAUUGUUUAUAAGAAGAAAGAAUCCAUUUUCUCCUUGGAGGAAUCGGAGUUCCGCCAGCCUGCCGUGCUCACGUUACAGAUCUGGGACUACGAUCUGAUUUCUGCCAACGAUUUUCUUGGCUCCAUUGAACUGAAGCUGAACGACAUGGUUCGCCCAGGAAGGACAGCUGACCAAUGUACCAUCAAGAUGGCGAAAGAGAAGGCAGGUCCGCGCGCAUCCAUCAUCCGGGGAAAGAGGAUCAAGGGAUGGUGGCCCAUGACCAAGGUGAAAGAAGAAGAGGACGAGGAAGAAGAAGAAGAGGAAAGCAAAAAAAAGAAGAAAAAAAAGAAAAAGAAGAAAGUAAAAAUCGAGGAUGUUGAAUAUACAGACAACUCUGGCAAUACGUACAUUCUUAGGGGUAAAAUUGAGGCUGAGAUGCACUUGCUCACUCUGGAGGAAGCAGAAAAGAGUCCUGUUGGCCUUGCUCGGAAAGAGCCCGAACCACUGGAUAAACCCAACCGACCCAACACAUCCUUCAACUGGUUCAUCAACCCACUGAAGUCAUUUGUGUACUUUAUAUGGAAAAACUACAAGUGGUACAUCAUUGGUUUACUGGUCCUUGUCAUCCUGGCACUCUUCAUCUUCCUGAUCCUUUACACCAUGCCUCAAUUCAUCAGUGAGAAGAUCAUCAACGGAUGAGCCUAUCUCAAAGACAACUCCAGUUAAAUAAUUCCAGCACAACUUCAUGUCACUCCAGCACUGUGAUGUCUUCAGAACUGCAAGGGCUGGGCAGCGGCUGGCUGCAGAGGAAAAGCCCAUCUUUUACAGCAGUACAUGACUCCCAGAAAGGCAAUGUAGCCAGUGUUACAGCUCAUGGGCUCCGAUUGAGAAAAUGGAUAAAGGCAAGUUAACUGAUGUAACAAGCAGCAAGAGGAAGAUGAACACAUAUCAGUUGCAUUUGUCACUCUCUGGAAUUAGUGCUCGACUGGAGAAUCAUUUGUUCACCUUCCAAUUAAACAAUGAAGAUUCUUUACUCCAGUAGAACUUUAGAAAUUCAACCCUGACAAAGUAAUAAGAUUUUUAAUAUAUUUUAGCUACAAUGCAUCUAAAUCAACAGUUUAUAUUCUCAACUUUUAUUGAAAAUUGUGCACUCUACUCAUGCCUCAUCUGUAAUUUAGUUCUGACAGCAUGGUUAGAUAUUUGGAUAAUCAUUACAUAUUGAACUCUUGUUGCUCCCCAUGUACAGGUUCAUGAAGUAAAAGUCAAAUAAAUAGGGUGCACUUCUUUACAUUGCCAAGUUUCUACAGCACUAUGCACUUGUAACAUGGGUGUGAUGGCAGACAGGGCCAUAUUCAGCUCAUCCGCCACCUCGCAGUUAACGUGACCCAGGUUCAAUCCUGCCCUCAACCUUUUGAAUUUGCAUGUUCUCCCUGUAACUGAGUGGAGUUUCUCCUCCAUCCCAAUAACAUGCAGGUUUCUAAAUUAAUUGGCCAUUGGAAGUUGUCCCAUAACUGGAAGAAUUUAGUUAGAAUAGAUGCGACUGCUUGAAUUAGAUGGGAUAGAUGGAGAUUUUGUGUAAAGGGGUGCUUGAUCAGCAAAUUCAGUGGGUUGAAGGGCCGGUUUUCUUGCCUUUUGACUGGCUACACUACAAUGGACUCAAACUAUGUUUAGAUAGAAAAGAUGAACAAUUGUCAAUGAAAUGUGAGCGAUUCAGUGGCCCUGGAAUUGCUCUUAUAUUUUUGAUUUUGUGGGCAAAGUUAAUAAAACUAAGAUAACCAUUUGCUCUCCA